UGACAGGACUUCCUCAUCUGCCACCACCUAAAUCGCAGUCUGAAACGUCCCCUAAUCUAUCGGUUACUUAUUCGCCUUAGACAUCUGAGGUAUCAGAAGACAUGACUGCACAGCCCCCACGCAAGGUACGUGAUACCCCCAUCGUUCUUCGCGAUGCUUCGAGAUGGCGAGGCGUAAGUCACAAGUUCAUUUCUUUGGGCAUCAAAUUCGACACGCUUUCCCUCCACCCUCGGAGAGGAACAUUUAUGCUGUAAUCAGAGGAGUACCUGCGACACUUUCGGAAACGGAGAUCAAGG